CGCUUUCAGAAAAACAAAAAAGUCUGGGCUCUGAAUGAGACCUUUCAACCUACCAAUUCACGGCCUCUGGGCUGACAAUUUCUUGAGGCCAGACGAUUAAUGCUGAGCUGGCGCUGGCUCUUCAACACACACCCUUUCAUCCUCCAACUGCCUUCCUUGUCUGUCGAUAGUAAGUGGUUUUUGAAUCUUACGGAAGAUUUACGAAAGGUUAAAAAGGGUCCUGGAGCCCCCUGGAAUCCUGCCCUGCUUCUCUGUUUGUUUGGUUGGAUAAAAACAUUCUUCGACACACCUUCUACCUAUGCCUGAGAUACGUCCAAGCCUCCUUCAACAAUAUAAACAACAUUCGCAGCUGCGCCUCUGCGUGCUUACGUUGUCGAUACACAACGAGGCCUCACCAUAUCUGUGUUACAGCUAAAUAACCAGUCUUUUGACCGUUUCAAAAAUUAUUCUUUAUUAAGCUUCACGGCUAUCUAUCAACAACCUUACUUCUAAGAAGCACCUUGCCUCCACAUCCCAACGUUUUACAUACCAUCCCUCCCUUCCAUCCAUCCUUACAUACUGCAACUACAAAUACAACGUGCCUACAUACGUUUACCACAUACUACUGCAUACUUCCCCCUACAUAUUCUUCCAUUGUACAACCACAUCUCAUCAACAUGUGCCAUACCGUAAUCGCCCAGCGGAUAUGCAAGGAUUGCCGCCAUAGCCUUGGUGAGACGGUCAUCGACUUCACCCGCUGCGCUCGUAAAUGCUCGAGCCCGUUCUACUGCCUUACCCCUGAGCCUCAGAUGGAGCUAUGUAACCUAUGUACGGCGACGGCGACACUAUCUACACCGGUACUCGCACAACAUGCUCUCGAGGAUACUACCACUGCUGCUGCAGCGGCAGCGGCUUCAGCUGGCGCAAGGCUCUACGAUCACUCCAUCGCAAAGGCAGCAGCAUAUCCGGGACCUGGAGUAACCCAUCACACUGCAGCUCAUUAAGACAUUCUCCAUGGACCACCUCGACGGUGGCUUUUGCUACGAUAUCGACAUUUAGGGCGUUUAUUUAUGUAAGAUCUUGAGGGAAAUUGAAACGACGAAACGAAAUUCCACAAAAAUAGUGCAUUUGGGAAUGGAUAUGGGUAUGACACGGGCAACCGGCACAGGAUCACAGGCGCAUGAGGACGGACAGCAUUCAUCAAUGCUCUACUUGCUACACAUCAAAUCACAUCAUUUUAUUUUAUUCUACACACUUGAUUUCGUAUGUAGUGCCACACAGGCACAAAACCCCGGUGAGGGCCACUCUACUGGUAUGAGAUGGAACCGGAGGACUGGUCAAUGGUACCGAACCAAGAGCUGGGGCAAGGGUGUACAGAUGAAUCAGAACCACAAUCGUUGACUGACAGCAAUAAGCUGAGUAAGAUGAAAUAGCCAAAGAACAAUAAAAAUUUGAUCAGGAUGGAAAACAUUGUAUUGUAUUGUAUUAUCCAGGCGAAUCC